ACAGUGUAUCUUUGGUUGGUUUACCUGACCUGUGCUGUGCUUGUGUUUGUCUCUCCGGUUGAUUUGGUUCCGAUGCCGGACCAGUACUCUCGGGGUGUGGAUUGGUUGAGCAGGUAUGGAUACCUGCCCCCUCCGGACCCCUACACAGGAAAGCUGCAGACUAAAGAAGGCAUUGAGAGAGCCUUCAAAGAAAUGCAGCGUUUCGCUGGCCUCAAAGACACAGGCAAACUCGACAGUGACACGCUGAAACUGAUGAACACACCACGGUGUUCACUGCCAGACAUUAUAGGGUCUGAGGACAAGCUGAAAAAGCGGAGGAGGAAGAGAAGAUACGCAACCACUGGGCUUCGCUGGAAAAAGUCUGACCUCAUGUGGAGCAUCCAGAAUUACCCAUCUCUCCCUCCAUUCCUCAAACCCAGUGAAGUGGACACUAUAAUGGCCUAUGCCCUCAAAGCCUGGAGUGACGUCACCAACCUCAAGUUUCAUGCUACAUCCUCAAGCGAGCAGGACAGAGCUGAUAUCAAGAUCUCUUUUGCUCGCUCGCUCCAUGAUGACGGGUAUCCAUUCGAUGGGAAGGGAGGGACACUUGCUCAUGCCUUCUUCCCAGGGGAGGCUGAUGUUGCUGGAGAUACACAUUUUGAUGAUGAGGAGAGCUGGACCUAUAUGGAUGACAGUGGCACUGAUUUGUUCGCGGUGGCUGUGCAUGAAUUUGGUCAUGCCCUGGGUCUCUCUCAUUCCUCCUCUCAUCCGUCAUCCGUUGGUGAUAUCGCAUCCUACACACUUCCAGAAGAUGAUCACUAUGCCAUUCAGUCGCUCUACGGUAGGAGCAUAAGCUCAUCAACACCAUCCCCAAAUCAUCCCACACCAAACUUGCCCAAACCACCAAGUCCACCUCAGCCCAAAGUACCAUUACAACCUGAUCCAUCAGUCCAGAAUCGUUGUGGAGGUUUUGAUGCAGUGGCAAACAUCAGAGGAGAAGUUUUCUUUUUUAAAGGUCCAUAUUUCUGGCGAAUCCAGCGAUCUGGUUCUCUUGUGUCCUUUCACCCUGCUCUCAUAAAAAACUUCUGGAUCGGUCUUCCUCCUGGCACUAACCAGAUAGAUGCAGUUUAUGAAAGAAAAACGGAUAGCAGGAUCAUCUUCUUCAUAGGCUCACAGUACUGGGUAUUUAAAGACACCAUGGCGAUUUCUGGCUACCCACGUCCGCUGUCAGACUGGGGGCUGAUCUCUCAUGACGGAAGUGAGGUGAGGAGGGUGGACGCUGCCUUUAUUUGGGCUCAUAAUGGAAAAAGCUACAUCUUCAGUGGUGGAGAGUUCUGGAGGUUCUCUGAAGGCCCUGAGACUGAGAAGCACCAUCCAGACGCAGGUUAUCCCAGAAACUCCUCCCUCUGGAAGGGCGCGCCCAGUAAACCUGAUGAUAUCAUCACCUGGGAAGACGGAGAUGCCUAUUUCUUCAAGAACAACUCGUAUUGGAUUUUGAAGAACGGAGGAUUGGACCAAGACAAUGUCAGUCAGAAAUCAACAGCAGUCGAUUGGAUGAUGUGUCCUGCCAAUCCACGUCACAAAGGAGGAAAAUGUAACUGUGGCCUGAACGGAGCGUUACAGAUGAGUGCUUCAUCCUGGUUACUGUUCAUCAUAUUACUGCUUUAUCCAGGUGUCCUUGUAUAG